AUGCUAUUAUCAUCCUUAUUGUUAACAACUUCUUUGGUGAUUUGUUAUUGUGAGGAACUAUAUCCCACUCCACCCUUACUGAGGACGAGGCACAUACUAAGACAAAAACUUCUGGAUCAGACAGCGGACAGCGAUGACGUCACUGCUCAAUAUCCAUAUCUGAUUCGAUCAAAUUUCACACAAAAAUUAGACCAUUUUAAUCCAACAAAUACAAAAACAUGGAAUCAGCGUUAUUAUUACAACCCAAAGUAUGCACGGAACACUUCUAUUAUUUUCCUCAUGAUAGGAGGUGAAGGACCGGAAGAUGGAAAAUGGGCAGCAAAACCAGAUAUUCAAUAUCUUCAAUGGGCCCAGGAGUUUGGUGCACAUGUAUUCGAUUUGGAGCAUAGAUUCUUCGGUGAUAGCUGGCCAAUACCAAACAUGGAUUUCAAUUCUCUAAGCCUGCUCACUACUGAACAAGCGUUGGCAGAUAUCGCUUAUUUUAUUACAUCAAUGAAUCAAAAAUACGGUUUUAACAAUCCAAGAUGGGUUACUUUCGGUGGAAGUUAUCCAGGUUCUUUGUCCGCAUGGUUCCGUUCUAAAUAUCCUGAGUGGACUGUCGGAGCUGUGGCAAGUAGUGCUCCACUCAACUUGAAGCUUGAUUUUUAUGAGUAUGCAGUAGCUGUUGAAGAGGAUCUCUAUAUAACUAAUGUGAACUGUGCAGGAUUUGUUGCACAGGCUUUUGACCAAAUGCAGAACCUUGCUGGAUCUAUGGAUGGACUAAUAGAACUGAAUAAAUAUUUUAACCUAAAACCUCCUUUUGAUGACGAAACUCAACAAUUGGAUAUCACAAACUUUUUUGCAAACGUAUUUAGUGUCUUCCAGGGCAUGACACAGUACACUUAUGAUGGACGGAAUAAUGAAACGCAUAUGAAUUUGACUGAUGCCAAAAUAUGCGAAAUCAUGAUGGAUUCUUCCGUGAAGGAUGUUAUUACGAGAGUAUAUAAUGUGUAUCUUUGGUACAACGGCAUAACUGGUGAUCCUACAACCGAUUUGACAGUGUUCCCAAACAGCUACACCGAUAUGAUAAAUUCGGUGAACACUGGAAAUUUAGCUGUACUAGGAGAAGAUAAUGCUGCUGCACGGGGUUGGAUGUGGCUUUGCUGCAACGAGGUCGGAUUCAUGCAAACAACGGAAGGUGGCAUAUUUGGAUAUACCGUACCUCUUGAAUACUACAUCAAUAUGUGCAGGGAUAUGUUUGACUGGUCUGUAACGAGAAAUAUAUUUUCAAGAAAUACUGCAGCACAAGCAUACUACGGUGGAUGUGAUAAUUACAUGGCUACUAAUGUUGUCCUACCAAACGGUUCCUUGGAUCCUUGGCAUAAACUCGGUUGUUACGAAAACACAACAGAUACUAUGUUCCCAAUAUUGAUUAAUAGUACCGCACAUUGCUCAGAUAUGUAUCCAGCUUAUGAUGGAGAACCGGUAGCUCUUGUUGGGGUACGAGAAGAAAUUAAAGGACAUGUGAAAGAUUUUAUAAGAUACGAUCCUGCAACUGAUGGCCCUACCGAUAAGCCUACCGAUAAGCCUACCGACAAGACUACCGACAAGCCUACCGACAAGCCUACCGAUAAGCCUACCGAUAAGCCUACCGACAAGACUACCGACAAGCCUACCGACAAGCCUACCGAUAAGCCUACCGAUAAGCCUACCGACAAGACUACCGACAAGCCUACCGACAAGCCUACCGAUAAGCCUACCGAUAAGCCUACCGACAAGACUACCGACAAGCCUACCGACAAGCCUACCGAUAAGCCUACCGACAAGACUACCGACAAGCCUACCGACAAGCCUACCGAUAAGCCUACCGAUAAGCCAGAAACUGGAGGAAGUGGUUUUCCCAUUACUGUUACGUUUUUCACCUCGUUCUUGGUACUAUUAGUGUUAUCCAUGUGUCCAAUUUAA